AGAUUUCAUAUACAAUUACAAGUAGUUUAUUUUCUGAAACAAAUAUAAUAAAUUAUAAAGGACAAAUGAACAAUUUUAUAGAACACAUUUUUUAAACCUAAAUCUACAAAUGACCUAGCCCAUGUGUGUGUUUGCCCCCCCAAACCUCCCGAUUGAAAUAAGGCCCUCUUGGGAUUGUGCAAUCUCCUGACCUUUCCUUAACCUUUGUUGGAUCAAGUCACGGGGUCAAGGAGACACGAGAAGGGGCCUCCUUUCACUCUCCGAAAUCAAUGCGGCCCCAUGACAACCAUUGAGUCAAAGUUUAUGUUCACAUUGCUAUUUUUCACAAGGACUGUAUCCUUUAUGCACAUUUGUUUAUGUAUACUAUUAUAUGACUAUUUCUUUGAUUAUGAUAAAAGUUGUAUUUGAUUGUUUUUCGUCUCUCGCGUGACACUAGUGUGUUGCUUGAAAUACUGCUGCUGCACUGAAGGAUUGUGACUAAUACAUUUGCUUUCCUAUCGUAAAGGUUGCUCAGCAGUUCUUCCCGAAACAUCUCGUCGAAGUUCAACGAGGCACCUCGAAGUACUUUCGGUUCAUCUCGCUCGGAUAGGAUCGGAAACUAUAGACAAAACCUGACCUUUAUUUUGAAAGUAUCAACCGUGGGAGGGGCCGGACAUGAUGGCGAGUAAACAAAUAUUAGGAGUAAAUGUGGAUAUUGGUACAGUAUGUGUGUGUGAAUGAGGGCAGUUUCUUGUUGGGGGGGAUUAAGAAAGGAAGCCAACAGGCUGAGCCACACUCCGGAACAGAAGGUGGCGCUGCAAGUGCACCAAUUAGCGCGAUGCACCCGCCGUAAAAAAACAAGCAGGCGACACAAUCAAGCCGGAAGUAAAUACCAAUCUCGCGUUGUUUGGAAGUCGCGUGUUUCGCACGAAAGUGAAACUCGUUGACGUUUUGGCUCCUUCACAUCGGCUCCGUCCCUCCGUCCCUCGCUGGCUCCUUCGCGGACGCUCGGUACGCAAAGGCUCCGUGUCUGUCGCCUCCAUGUCCGGCCACCACCACCGCGGCUGCGGCUGCGAUUGCGAGGCCGCCCACGAACCCGCCGAGAGGGGCUUCGAGUACGGACUGUACCGGCGCAUCGACACCGACAAGCUGCAGUGCCUGAACGAGAGCCGGGACGGCGACGGCAGGCUGGUGUUCAAGCCGUGGGACCAGCGGCACGACCGCGACAAGUUUGUGGAGAGUGACGCCGACGAAGAGCUGCUGUUUAAUAUCCCGUUUACAGGCAGCGUCAAGCUGAAAGGCGUCAUCGUCUCCGGAGAGGACGACGACUCGCACCCGGCAGAGAUACGAUUGUACAAGAACAUCCCUCAGAUGUCCUUCGACGACACGGGUCGAGAACCGGAACAAGCUUUCCGACUCAACAGAGACCCCGACGCUCAGCUGGAGUACCCGACCAAGAUCGCCCGUUUCUCCAACGUCUGGCACCUCUCCAUCCACAUGUCCAAGAACUUCGGCGCCGAGAGCACGCGGGUCUACUACAUCGGCCUCCGAGGAGAAUACUCUGAGACGUUCUCACGGUGUAUGUGUGGCAACAACAUGUCUGUGCCGCUGCUCGCCGAGGCCGUGACGGUGUCCGGGAACGAGAAGGAGACCGCGGCGGUGAUUUUUCUUCAUGGAUUGGGAGACUCGGGGCACGGGUGGGCCGACACCUUGACGGGGAUCCGACUGCCUCACGUCAAGUUCAUCUGCCCCCACGCGCCCAGGAUGCCCGUCACCCUCAACAUGAGCGUCAUGAUGCCCGCCUGGUUCGACCUCAUGGGCCUCAGCCCCGAAACCCCCGAGGACGAAUCCGGGAUCAAAAAGGCGGCCGACAACAUCAAGGCCAUCAUCGAACAUGAGGCCAAAAACGGCAUCCCACCCAACCGCAUCAUGCUGGGCGGCUUCUCUCAGGGCGGGGCCUUGUCCUUGUACACCGCCUUGACCUGUCAGCACCAGUUAGCCGGCGUGGUGGCCCUCAGCUGCUGGCUGCCGCUUCACAAGAGUUUCCCUUUGGCGUCGAGCGGCAACAAGAACCUGCCCAUCCUGCAGUGCCACGGCGAGAAGGACGAAAUGAUCCCCGUGCAGUUCGGCGCCAUGACGGCGGAGAAGCUCAAAUACAUCGUCAACCCGCAGAUGAUCACUUUCAAAACCUACCCCGGGGUCCCUCACUCGUCCUGCACUCAGGAGAUGCUGUUAGUGAAGGAGUUCAUCGAAAAGCACUUGCCUCGGAUCUGACCUGACCUCGUCCUGACUGUGACUCCCCCUCGCCCCCACUCGUCACACUGACCGCUUCGCCCCAAAACCUCGAUUUGUCGUUCCCCAAACAGGAAACAGCCAUGAGUGUCCAUCCUUCCUUCCUUCCUUCCAUCCAUCCAUCCAUCCAUCCUUCCACACGCACACACGCAAAUUGGAUUUCUUAAAAACAAACAAAACAUAACAAACUGCUCAUCCUUUAAUUGGUAGCCUCUGGAGGGAGAAAGUCGGCCCCACACGGAACAUACCUGUUGGUUAUCUUUGUCAUUUUAAUCACCUUCAUGUGUCCUGUUGCAACCCUUUCCCCUUUUUGUGUUGCUGUCCAUUUGUCCCUCACCGAUCCACCUCAUUCGCCCCCAUUCCAAGCAUUUUUUUUUUUUUUUGGGGAAGGUUAGGGGUUUUUGUUUGUACCUCCAAAACACAAGAAAAGUAGAAAAUGUUUAUUAUUGCUCAUGAACUAGAUCUCCCUCCUUUGGCAGCUUGCAGUCUAACCCAUUGGUCAAACUCAAAAGGUCUGACUUGCGUAAAACUUUCCAAAAAUGGCAAUACACUGGGAGGGCUCUGGUAAGAAACAUAACUGAAGAGUGAUUUCACAAAUUAAAGAAAAGAAAGUGAACCUUGAACAACAAAGCGUUGCUCCGAGGAGUCACGUGCGUAAAAUGAAUCUCCGUCUGUCAGGUGUUUUGUGUGUUUUGGUUUUGUUUUUCCCCCCUCGUUUCUGUGCAUGUUGUUUUUGCUCAUGUUCUUGUGUUGGCACUCGUUUGGAAAAGGAGGAAAGACAUCCGCUUUGAUUGUUCUUGACAAAUCAAUGAAUGUCUCAGUAGCGUCACAUGUUAACGGUUGCUUUUUGUCCUCUGCGGCUGCUGCUUCACUUCUGUUUUUUUUAAUUAUUCCAAUGUGUGACAAUGUCGCAGAUCGUCAUGUGGUUUCGCCUGGGUUUAAGUUUUUACAUAUGUUUUUGUGUGUGUGUUUUGCCACUGUUGUCAUCUCAUCCUUUUGAUUGUGUUCUGUUUAUAAUGAUGACCAUUCAGUAAUGUGAGACUGUCGGUCUCCGUUUGUUUCCUAAGCACCUGUAUGCCGAAUAAAUGAUAUGAAAAACAGGACUGGUAAGUGUGAAUUUGCGGUUUUGUUUUCCGAGGAUUCUCAUUUGGGUCGCGUGUGAUUUUUGAAUCGGGGCGCUGUACGCUUUGCACUGGUCGCCACCCUGGCGAAAUUUGAACCUUCAAUUAACCUCAUGUGCACAUUCUUGAAAUGUGGGAGGAUGCCAGAUGACCUGGAGAAAAUCAUACAGGAGGGCCCAGGGUGAGAUUUGAACCUACGGGGCCUCGUGCUGCUGCAAGUAAUCCACUAUUUAAGCGAUUCUUAAAGUUUGAAACGGUACCACUUGAGCCUU